GGCGUGCAGGUGAGCGGGCUGUUGCGGGCAUGGCCGAGGCCAGGAAGCGGCGGGAGCUGCUGCCCCUGAUCUACCAGCAUCUGCUGCAUGCGGGCUACGUGCGUGCGGCGCGGGAAGUGAAGGAACAGAGCGGCCAGAAAACUUUCCUGGCUCAGCCUGUCACUCUUCUGGAUAUCUACACGCACUGGCAACAAACCUCAGAGGUGGGCAAGAAGCGGAAGGCAGAGGAGGAUGUGGCCCUGCAGGCCAAGAAGACCCGGGUGUCCGACCCCGUCAGCAGCUCAGAGAGUUCGGAGGAGGAGGAGGAGGAGGAGGUGGCAGAAGCCGAGACCACUAAAACUGCCCCGAGAUUCACACCAAGCAACUCCUCAGCCCUGUCAGGGGUUUUGCCAUCAAGUGUGAAAGAAAAAGCCAAGGCAAAGAAAGGUGGCCAGAUGGUGAACUCCACAGCACACCCUACAUCCGGAAAGGCAGUGGUCCAACUCCUCUCUGGGAAGUCCCCCAAGAAGAUGCCAGAGCCCUCAGCGAAUACCAUCUUGGUCUCAGAAACUGAGGAGGAGAGUAGUGUCCCAGCCGUUAGAACCACCACGAAGCCUGGAAUGGCAUCAACGGGACAGGCCGACAGCUCCAGUGAGGACACCUCCAGCUCCAGCGAUGAGACAGACCUGGAGGAAAAACCCUCAGGAAACCCCUCCCAGGUCAAAGCCUCACCAGCCCCAGCCAAGGAGCCUCCAGGGAAAAAAACAGCCCCUGGGAAGGUGAAGGCAUCGGAGAAAAUUGUCCAAGUCAGAGCUGCCUUGGGACCUACGAAGGGAACCCCUGGGAAAGGGGCCACUCCAGCACCCCCUGGGAAGGUAGGACCUGCACCCACCCAGGCCAAGGCAGGGAAGCCAGAGGAAGACUCUGAGAGCAGCAGUGAAGAGGAGUCGGACAGUGAGGAAGAGAUACCAGCUGCUCAGACCCCACUUCAGGCAAUGCCCUCAGCAAAGACCCCCCAGGUUAAAGCAGCCUCUACCCCUGCCAAGGAGUCCCCUAGGAAAGGGGUGCCACUUGGCAAAACAGGACUUGUGGCUGCCCAGGCCAUGAAGCAGGAAGAGGACUCAGACAGCAGUGUGGAAGAGUCGGACAGUGAGGGAGAGUCUCCGGUCGCUGUUCCCCCAACCACGAGCCCAGCUCAGGCAAAGUCCUUGGGGAAGAAACCCCAAGCCAGAGUUGCCUCAACCACUGACAUGGCGCCCUCAGGGAAAGGCCACAUCCCGGUGCCCCCUGGGAAGGCAGGAUCUGUGGCACCCUUGACCCAGACGGGAAAGCAGGAGGAAGACUCAGAGAGCAGCAGCGAGGAAUCGGACAGCGAGGGGGAGGUGGUGGCAACUGCGGCCACAGCCCAGGCAAACUCUUCAGGGAAAAUCCUCCCUGUCAGAUCUGCCUCGGGUCCUACCAAAGGGCCCUUUCAGAAGACAGUGCCUCUGGCCACACAGCUCGAGACAAAAAAGUCCAAAGAAGACUUGGAGAGCAGUGAGGAGGAGUCUUCAGACAGUGAGGAGGAAACCCCCACAGCUGUGACUCCAGCCCAGGCAAAACCAGCUAUGAAAAUGCCUCAGACCAAGGCCUCCCCAAAGAAGGGCACACCCAUCACCCCGCCCUCUGCCAAGGUUGCCCCAAUGCGAGUGGACACUCCAGCCCCCUGGAAAGCAGGGGCAGCUACUUCUUCAUCCCCAGCUGUGACCAGGGGCACCCAGAGAGCAGAGGAGGACUCUUCGAGCAGUGAGGAGUCAGAGAGCGAGGAAGAAACAACUCCUGCUACAGCUGUGGGACAGGUAAAGACUGCAGUGAGAGGACUCCCUGUGAAAGUUGCCUCAGUGCCCAGUAAGGGGCUUUUGGGGAAAGAGACAGCCCCAGUACCUCCUGGGAUGGCAGGGCCUUCAGUGACUAAGGUCAAACCUGAGAUACAUGAAGACUCUACAAGUAGUGAGGAGGAAUCGGACAGUGAGGAGGAGAUUGAGACUUCAGCCCAGAUGAAGGCCUCCAUGAAAACCCUUCAGACCAAAGCCAGCCUAGCUUCCACCAAAGCAGCUUCAGCUAAAGAGGCCGUGGCAGCUGCCAGAAAAGUGGUCACUGCAGCCACUCAAGCCAAAUGGGGGUCUCCAGCCAAGGCAAAGCCCUCAGGAAGCACCCCUCAGGUCAGAAUUGCCUCAGCCCCUGUCAAAGGGUCCCCCAGAAAAGGGGCUGGCCCAGCGCCCACUCAGAAGACAGGACCUGCAGCUGCCCAGACUGGGAAGCAGGAGGACGACUCAGAGAGCAGCAGUGAGGAGUCUUCUGAUAGCGAAGCGGACACUCCCGCUUCUAUACCCCUAACCCAGAAGAACAACUCCAAUACUUUGAGAAGCAAGCCCCUGGCUUCUGCACCUCCACAGGGGAACAACACAGAGGGAUCCUCAGAGAGUAGUGAUGAGGAGCUGCCAGCGAGCCAGGUGAUUAAACCCCCUCUGAUUUUUGUCGACCCUAAUCGUAGUCCAGCUGGCCCGGCGGCUACCCCUACGCAAGCCCAGGCUGCGAGCACCCCGAGGAAGGCCCGGGCCUCGGAGAGCACAGCCAGGAGCUCCUCAGAGAGCGAGGAUGAGGAUGUGAUCCCCGCCACGCAGCUCUCCACUCCCGCUGGUAGAACCAAUAUGGUGACGGUGCCCACAGCCCACGCAAGGAGCGUACUCAGAGCUGGAGCUGGCGGGGCCAGCAGCAGCAAGGCACCUGGUCGAGCCUUGGAAGGCAAGAAGCAGGAGACACCCACUACUCAGGUGACAAAGAGGAACCCAGCCAACCUCCCGCUGACCCAGGCUGCCCUGAAGGUCCUUGCCCAGAAAGCCAGUGAGACCCAGCUGUCAGCUUCCAGGACCCCAUCUUCAAGUGGGAUGGAUGGUGCUGUGGGCACGCACCCUGUGACCAGUCCCCAGAGUACCCCUGUGCAGUCCCAAGGCACUAACAAGCUCAAGAAGCCUGAGGUUCCUGCAGCCCAGAAGGCCACAGCUGCUCCGUCAGGGCACCCCAAAGCCAAGGCCUCUGAAACCUCAGAGGACAGUGAGGACAGCAGCUCUUCAGAGAGUGAGGCGAAUGCUGGGGAGCCCCAGGCACCCCCUUUGACCCAGAGACUAGGCCCAACCCCCUCCGGGAAGGAGACCUUGGUGGAGGAGACCUCAACAGAGUCCAGUGACGACGAGGUGGCGGAACCUUCCCAGUCUCUCCUCUCAGGUCAUGUGACCCCUGGACAGACUCCAGCCACUUCCCAGGCUUCAAAGUCCACUUCCAGGCCCAAUGCCAACCCCUCGGUUUCCUCUACUCCAACUGCUAGAGAUGGCCCUGAUGGCAAGUGGGGAGUGGAGCCCCAACAAGCAGCAAACACUGUGUCCCCUAAAACAGGCAAGAGAGAGGUUAACACUACCCCUCAGAGGCCCCGGAAGUCGAAGAAGGGAGCAGGCAACCUCCAAGCCUCCACAUUGACCCUGCAGAGCGAUAUCACCCAGCGCCUCCUGAGCGAGCCCUGGCCCCUGAAUGAGGCCCAGGUGCAGGCCUCGGUGGUGAAGUUCCUGACAGAGCUGCUAGAGCAGGAAAAGAAGAAAGCCGAGGAUACCACCAAAGAGAGUGGCAAGAAGGGCCGGGCAGGCCGCAAACGGAAACUUUCAGGAGACCAGAUGGCGACCAAAGCCCCUGGGAGCAAGAAGAAAAAGCAGCUGGUGUCUAGAGAAGGUGGGGAGGGUCCUGCUCUCCCAGAAAAGACCCCAAGGACUCCGAAAGAGAAACCCAAGAAAGACAGAGCAAGUGGUGACAUCAAGGAAAAGAAGGGAAAGGAGUCUCUUGGCUCCCAAGGGGCCAAAGAGAAGCCACAAGUGGAACUCGGAGUGGUGAAGGCGGAGGGUAGAGACGCAGGUGACUCAAAGAGCAAGAAGGAGAAGGAGAAGAAGAAAUCUGACAAGAAAAAAAAGGAUAAAGAAAAAAAGGAAAAGAAGAAGAAGGCAAAAAAGGCUUCAGCUAAAGACACUGAUUCACUGUUGCAGAAAAAGAAGAAGAAGAAGAAGAUGGCAGAGCAGGCCGUCUGAGGGCACAAGCGUCAGGGAUUUCUUAGCCAAGUGGUGACCAGCCCCCUGCCUCUGCCCUCUGCCGACUACAAGUUGGAAUUAAAUUUCUAACCUUCCGUCCCUCCCCAGAAGAUGGCCAGCGUAGACACACACGCAGAGAGCAGCAGCCCUCAGGGCUGGUCAGAGGAGGACGCCCGGCUCCCUGGCCCUGCUUGCUGACCCUCGCCUGACUUCUGUCCCAGCACAGGACACUUCGUAUAGAUGUGUACAGUAUAUAUAUUUUUUUAAGUGACCUAACCCGUGCCCUCCAGAACCGCCGUGCCCAGUGGCCUCGGACUUUCCACCUCUGCCCUGCAGCUCCAUCCCUGCCCUGGUCUCCAGCUGAUGCCAAGGCUCUGUCCUCCUUCUGUCAGUUUUUCCCAUAUUGUUUGUGGGGUUUUUUGUAAGAACUCAGAAAAUAAAAGAC